CGCCGGACGCCCCGGACGGUUCCUCGCCGAGGACCCGGAGAGAACCGUCUACGAUGCGGGUUCGCGAGCUCGCGUUGAUCGUCGCUCGCUCCUCGCGGCCAGGGCGCAGUCGUGUCGUCGCCGUCGUCGUCGCGUCCAGGAGGAACCGGGGGAGGCACGCGCGGAGGAUCGCGCGCGCCGGCCCUCAAUUGGCGCGUUAACCUCAUCGUCGCGCAAUGACGUAGACUGAGAUAACGCGGCCGGUCGUUUACUACCAUGAGCAAGCUAAGAUUAGGGUCAGAGUACAUUCCGUUGGCGGAGGACGACAUGGCGAAGGCGCGCCUCGUCGUGCCGUUCUCCUGGGUGGCGUGGGCCACCGUGCUGCUGCCGUUCCUGGCAUUCGUCUUCUGCGUCGCCUGGUCGGUCGUCUACAACUUCGAGCACUCCACCUCCACCCAUUGCCAGGUAUACAACUUUUUACCGUCUGUCUCGGCGGCCAUAGGCCACUACAGACCUCAGAGAGACGUCUGGAAGACUGCCAUAGCUAUGCAAGCCGUAGUGAGAACCUUGGUGUUCAUGCUGUACUAUCGUUACUACAAGGAGCAUGUUUACAAAUGGGCGCGAUACCUGAGCAAUGUCGCGCUCGUUAUGUACGCCAUUGAAAAUACUUCCCUGGUGACACUGAGCUUCUGGACUUCCGACGAGAAUUACGCAUUCCACAAGAUGUCUUUCAUAACUUUUCUGAUGACGUCGUUUGUACACAUGUUCCUAGCGUAUUACGUUAUGAAGAGUUGCCUGAACAUUACGAGAGGCUUGAAUGAUGCUUCCCUGAAGUGGAAAAGCAGAUCAAUGAUGUUGAACGUAUUAUCUAUACUAGUAGCAUGUUACUGCUUUUAUAGGCAUAAUAGAUAUUGCGAACCUUUAGUGUAUUCGAUGUUCGCCUUGAGCGAAUACGGAGUUGUGCUCUCAAACAUGGGAUACCAUCUAACCGCUGCAUUGGACUUUGCUACCACACGUCUUAUGAUAUCAGGAAGCAGGCUUAGAAUUAUCUAGACAUUUUUUAAUAUCUGCUUCAUGCGCGCAUAUGUGAUAAUGGAUACAUUAUAUUUCGACUUUAUUGCACAUUACUGUACAUAUUCGUGUGUGAAGUCUUUAUGUAUUAUAUCCGCGUAUUAGAAAAUAACUUAUUAGGUAAUUUAUAAAAAUACAAAUCGUAGCUCUUCUUUUAGAAAGCAUGAAAGCACUGCAGAUGUUUGUCGAUAUUUGUAGCGUAUUUUGUUCCAAGGCAUUUUAAACUAAAACCAAAAGGCUAGCGUAGAAUUUUGUAUAUAAUGAUCCAUUUUGCUGUUAUUUUAUCGAGUUGUUUCUUAAAUAUUUAUUACUGUAACAACUAAGACAUAUCUAGAUCAAUAUACAAAUUUAUAUUUUUCAAGAAAAUUGUUUAAUACAAAAAUUAUAUGGCAA